CCUUGCCGUCCGACUUCUUCCCGCGCGGGCGGUCGCGGCCCCUCAGGCGGGAGAAGGUCCUCCGCAGCAGCGGCUCCGCCAUCGCCCGCCCCGCUCCCCUCACCGGGCCCUCCUCGCACCGCUGGGGGCCUCCCCCCCGGCCCUGCCCGGCUCCCUCGGCCCGGCCCGGCCCGUGUGUGUGUCCGUCCGUCCGUCCGUCCCCCCCCGGCCCGGCCCGGCCCGGCCCGGCCCGCUCCCCUCGGCCCGGCCCGGCCCCUCAGCGCGGCGGGGCCUGGAGCGGCGGCGCCGCCAUCCCGCGGCGCGAAUUCCUGGGAUGCCGCCGGCAGCGCUGCCGGGAGCUGUAGUCCGGAACCACGGGGACCCCCACCCUAAUGCCACCCAGACCCCCCCCCCCCACCCGCCCUGGACCGGCGACACCCCCGCCGCCCCCCCGCUCCCGGAUCCCCCCCGCCCCGGGUCCGCGGCCACAGGAGACUCCCCGCUCCACCCCGUACCCCAAAUUUCCCCCGGAGAUCCAUCCAUGGACCGCAAACGGAUGCGCUGAAGGUUGGGGCUGCAUCCCGGAGCGCUGCAGGGGAGCUGACUGGUGCAGGGGAAGUCGUACCACUCGCCGUCCUCCCUCACCGCCGCGCAGUUCUCCUGGUGUCCGCCGUUGGGCUCAUUCCUGUGCCACGAGCUGCGACAAAGAGGAGGGUGGGGAUCACCCCGGCUUAGGGGUGACCCCCCCGUAUCCCAAAGCCCCCCCGUUUCCUUGUCCCCGUACCUGCUUUCCCGCGGCAGGAUAGUCCCGUUUGCUCGCUUCCAGGUGCCCUCCUCCUCCUCAUCCCUGAUGCCGAGCCAGGAGGAGCUUUGCAGCAUGGUCUGGAUGAAAUUCUGAGGGGGGGGAAAGGCAGCGUCGCCCCAAGGCAGAGCCCCCCACGACCCCUUGCCCGCUCUCGGGGACAGCAGGCCCUGGUGGCAGCAGCCCCGGCAGCAUGUCCCCAGGUGGAAGGGGGCUCCCCCGAGCCCUGCGGAGCCCCGCUACUCACUGUGCCGCAAGCCGAUGGUGAGGAAGAGCACGUUCAUCAGCACUGAGACCCCCAGGGCCGCGGCGCCCACCAGCACCAGCUUCUCCCUGGAGCAGCACCCUGAUGCUGGGGAGGGCAGGAGCCAGGAGGGCACCGGCAGCACCGAAACCGCACCGGGGCACCAGGACAGGAGCCAGGAGGGCACCAGCAGCACCGAAACCGCACCGGGGCGCCGGGACGGGAGCCAGGAGGGCACCGGCAGCACUGAAACCGCACCGGGACACCGGGACGGGAGCCAGGAGGGCACCGGCAGCACCGAAACCGCACCGGGGCGCCGGGACGGGAGCCAGGAGGGCACCGGCAGCACCGAAACCGCACUGGGGCACCAGGACGGGAGCCAGGAGGGCAUCGGCAGCACCGAAACCGCACCGGGACACUGGGACGGGAGCCAGGAGGGCACCAGCAGCACCGAAACCGCACCGGGGCACCAGGACGGGAGCCAGGAGGGCACCGGCAGCACUGAAACCGCACCGGGGCACCAGGACAGGAGCCAGGAGGGCACCAGCAGCACCGAAACCGCACCGGGACACCGGGACGGGAGCCAGGAGGGCACCGGCAGCACCGAAACCGCACCGGGACACCGGGACGGGAGCCAGGAGGGCACCGGCAGUACCGAAACCGCACCGGGGCACCGGGACGGGAGCCAGGAGGGCACCGGCAGCACCGAAACCGCACCGGGGCACCAGGACACGAGCCAGGAGGGCACCGGCAGCACCGAAACCGCACCGGGACACCGGGACGGGAGCCAGGAGGGCACCGGCAGCACCGAAACCGCACCGGGACACCGGGACGGGAGCCAGGAGGGCACCGGCAGUACCGAAACCGCACUGGGGCACCAGGACGGGAGCCAGGAGGGCAUCGGCAGCACCGAAACCGCACCGGGACACCGGGACGGGAGCCAGGAGGGCAUCGGCAGCACCGAAACCGCACCGGGACACCGGGACGGGAGCCAGGAGGGCACCAGCAGCACCGAAACCGCACCGGGACACCAGGACGGGAUGGACACUGGCAGCACCGAAACCGCACUGGGGUGCCAGGACAGGAGCCAGGAGGGCACCAGCAGCACCGAAACCGCACCGGGACACCAGGACGGGAUGGACACCGGCAGCACCGAAACCGCACCGGGACACCGGGACAGGCUGGACACCAUCAGCACUGAUUUGUGGCCCCAAGGCCAGGCCGGGGCAGCCGCUGGCAGCGCCGAAUCGACGCCAGCGUGUCAGGACGGCGGUGACACCGGCACCGCUAAUUUGAUGCCACCGUGCCAACACUUGCCAGACGCCACCGGUGCCAGACUGACACCAGGCAGCCAGGACAGGGCAGGCUCCGGCAGCGCCAAAACAACGCUGCGGCGCUGGGACGGGGCUGAUGCCGGCAGUGCCAACUCGGGGCCACGAUGCCAGGAUGAAGAGGAAGCCGACAGCGCCAAACCGAUGCCGGCGCGCCACGACCGGGCAGACACCGGCAGCUCCAAACCAAUUCUGGGGUGCCGCAACGAGGCAGCCACCACCAGCACCAGUUUGGGGGCAGGAUGCCAGGACACGGCGGCCGCCAGCAGCGCCGGAUCGGCCCCGCAGCACCGGCACGAGGAGGACGGUGAGGCCAGCGUCGAGGCCGUGGCGGCGGGGGCCCGUCCCUUUCGGUGCGGGGCGUGCGGGAAGCGGUUCGGGGCGAGCGCCGCGCUGACGCGGCACCAGGCGCUGCACGGAGCCGAGCGCCCGUUCUCCUGCGCCGAGUGCGGCCGCGGCUUCUGCGACCGGGCAGCGCUGGCCACGCACCGGCGAGGGCACACGGGCGAGCGCCCCUUCGCUUGCGCCCAGUGCGGCAAAGCCUUCGCCGGCAGCGCGGGGUUGCUGGUGCACCAACGGGCGCACACGGGCGAGCGCCCCUUUGCCUGCGGCGAGUGCGGGCAGCGCUUCCGGCAGAGCGCCCACCUCGCCCAACACCGCCAGGGCACCCACGGCGCGGCGCGCCCGCAUCCGUGCCCGCAAUGCGGCAAAGCCUUCGCCCUCCGCUCCACGCUGGCCCGGCACGCUCAGACCCACACCGGCGAGCGGCCCCACGCCUGCGGCGACUGCGGGCGCCGCUUCCGCCAGCGGGCUCACCUGGCCCGGCACCGCCUGGCACACACCGGCGAGCGCCCGUUCCCCUGCGGCGAAUGCGGCAAAGCCUUCGCCCUCAGCGCCACGCUGCUGCGGCACCAGCUGGUGCACACCGGCGAGCGCCCGCACCGCUGCCCCGACUGCCCCCGCGCCUACACCCAAAGCGCCUACUUGGCCCGGCACCGCCGCAGCGCCCACGCCGGCCAGCGGCCCCACGCCUGCCCCGAGUGCCCGCGGGCUUUCGCCGACCGCGCCAACCUCCUGCGGCACCGCCGGGGCCACGCCGGCGCCCGGCCCCACGCCUGCGGGCGGUGCGGGCAGCGCUUCGCCCAGCGAGCCAGCCUGGUGGAGCACGGCUGGCGGCACACGGGCGAGCGUCCCCACCGGUGUCCCCAGUGUCACCGCGGCUUCCGGCAUCGCUCGGCGUUGCUGCGGCACCGGCGGGCGCACGCCGGCGAGCGCCCCUUCCCCUGCGCCCGCUGCGGCCGCCGCUACAGCCGCAGUUCCAACCUCCUCCUGCACCAGAGGGUCCACGCACCCGACUAGCACCCGUGGGUGCCGCUGCGGGGUGUCGGGGUGCCAGAAACACGGCGCCAUGGCUUUUGCUGCGCCGGGCGGGCGGGCGCUAGUGUCACGCCGGAGCCGGGUGCGUCGCCCCCGUGACAGCCCCCCAGCCGUUAUCGGCACAGGAGGAGCACUGCCGGGUUAAUUUUAAAGCAUAAUAAGUUUAAAAAGAAAAUAGCUGGGUUUGUUUUAAAUAAUAAUAAUAAUUAAAAAAAAA